GCGGCCCGGCGGCGCCGGGGUGCGGAGUCCCAGCGGCGACCGCAGUCCUCCGGCACGGCCUCGGGCCCAUCCCGACAGCCGCCGCUAGGUGGGGGGGGGAGCCCGGCCCCGGCCGCCCCGGCCGCACAACAAUGACUUUGGGCAGCAGCGGCGGCGGCGGCUGCGGGAUCAUGUCCGAGCGUUCUCCGGAGGAAGAGCCGCUCUCCGAGGUGGAAGACGCGGAUAUCGACGUGGUGGGUCCGACCCAGGAUGGGGGCAAGUACAGCGAGGACGAGGAGGAGGAAGAAGACGAAGAGGAAGAGGACGAGGAGGACGGUGGCGACCCGCUGGCGCUGGCCCUGCCGCGGAGCGGAGCCGCCAAAGUGCGCAUGGGGGGGUCCCCGGAGCGGCUCUCUCCCGCCGACGGCUCGGAGCCGGCCUGCGCCCGCGGCGCCGCGCCCGGAGAGAAGGGGCCCGCAGGCGGCGGCGGCGGCGCCGGGGGGAAAAACCCGCUGGUGAAGCCACCUUAUUCUUACAUCGCCCUCAUCACCAUGGCCAUCCUGCAGAGCCCCAAGAAGCGGCUGACGCUGAGCGAGAUCUGCGAGUUCAUCAGUGGGCGCUUCCCCUACUACCGGGAGAAGUUCCCCGCCUGGCAAAACAGCAUCCGCCACAACCUCUCCCUCAACGACUGCUUCGUCAAGAUCCCCCGGGAGCCCGGCAACCCGGGCAAGGGCAACUACUGGACGCUGGACCCCGAGUCCGCCGACAUGUUCGACAACGGGAGCUUCCUGCGCCGGAGGAAGCGCUUCAAGCGGCAGCAGCAGCUGCACCCGCCGCACCCCGAGCUGCUGCUGCGGGCUGGGGCCGCCGACCCUGCCGCCUUCUUGCCCGGCUUCGCCUACGGACCCUACGGCUAUAACUACGGCCUGCAGCUCCAGGGCUACCCUCCACCACCACCACCAUCCCGCUGGAGGCGGCGGCGGCACCACGGCGCCUACCCCUUCCCGGCGCCGCACUGCCCGUUACCGGCUCCGCCGCCUCCCGCCGCCGCCUCCGUCUUCUCAGCCGCCUCGGGGCUGCCCUCCUUCCUGGGCGGUGAGCUGAACUGCAGGAAGUCCUUCUACCACCCCCAACUGAGCCCUACCGCUUUGCCCGCCGCCCUCCUCCAGACCCUGAAGCCGGACCCCACGCCCGCCGGCGGUGGCGGCGGCGGCAACGGCGGCAGCACCAACCACCCCUCCCGGCCCUCUUUUUCCAUAGACAACAUCAUCGGGGGGGCCGUGCCCCCUCCGCCCAGCACCAACCCCAGCGCCGCGCCCGCCGCACCCUACCCCGCCGGUCAGGCGGGCCCCCCGGCGCAGGUCCUGGCAGUGCUGAGCCCCGCCUUGGCCCCGGCACAACCCCAGGUCAGCCUGGCACACGAGCCGCUCCUGCAGCCGGCCCAGAACUUUUCCAGUAAAAUCACAUCCCUCAGCAGCUGUCAUUUUUAAAGUGCGCUGGGGAGGUGGAGGGAGAUUCGCGAAGCAAACGGCCCCUUCCCGGCUCUCCCUCCUCCUCCGAAACUGCUUCCCUUCCCUCUCCCUGCUCUU